AUGUUACGUUCAAUUAUUGGAAAGAGUGCAUCAAGAUCAUUGAAUUUCGUCGCUAAGCGUUCAUAUGCAGAAGCUGCUGCCGCAUCAUCAGGUUUGAAGUUACAAUUUGCUCUACCACACGAAACUUUAUAUAGUGGCUCCGAAGUUACUCAAGUGAACCUGCCUGCUAAGUCAGGACGUAUUGGUGUAUUGGCCAACCAUGUUCCCACCGUUGAACAAUUACUACCAGGUGUCGUUGAAGUUAUGGAAGGCUCUAACUCUAAAAAAUUCUUUAUAUCAGGUGGAUUUGCAACAGUUCAACCAGACUCGCAGUUAUGUGUAACUGCAAUUGAAGCUUUUCCAUUGGAAUCCUUUUCACAAGAAAAUAUAAAAAAUUUGUUGGCAGAAGCUAAGAAGAACGUUAGUUCAUCUGAUGCCAGGGAAGCCGCAGAAGCUGCAAUUCAAGUAGAAGUUUUAGAAAACCUACAAUCCGUAUUGAAAUAG